CACUCUGCUAUGACUACGUCAAUCAGUGCGACUACUUGCGCUCUUGCAAUCUAGACCUAACUUACCGCGACUCCCUUAGGCAUCAGCAUCGCCAGUUUACGCCAUGGCAACCGACGAGCUAGGAGAGUUUUACGUCAGAUAUUACGUCGGCCACAAGGGUAAAUUCGGCCACGAGUUUCUCGAGUUCGAGUUUAGACCAGACGGCAAGCUGCGAUACGCGAACAACUCCAACUACAAGAAUGACACGAUGAUCCGAAAGGAGGUGUUCGUGUCCGAAGCGGUCAUGCGGGAGUGCAAACGGAUAAUAGCAGAGAGCGAGGUGACGAAGGAAGACGACAGCAACUGGCCCGAGCCUGACAGGGUGGGUCGGCAAGAGCUGGAGAUCGUCAUGGGGAACGAGCACGUCUCCUUCCUCACCUCCAAGAUUGGGUCCCUGAUUGACGUUCAGAGCAGCAAGGACCCAGAAGGCCUUAGGGUGUUUUACUACCUGGUGCAGGAUUUGAAGUGCCUAGUCUUCUCGUUGAUAGGGCUCCAUUUCAAGAUCAAGCCUAUUUAGGUGCAUGGCACCCCUCUGGCCUUCUCAUCUCAAGUCUCUAUUCUAGGCUGGUACUCAAGUAAAAAUGUUGACAUGCUGGAGUUUGUAGAGGAAGCGGAUGCAAGCUUUAUGAACCAUAAGCAAAUGCAGGUUUGCGGUCAUGGCCAGUUGUAGAUGUUCGUCUUUAGAAUCUUGUUUUUGCAGUUCAUGCUUAUAUGCACGGCAAUGCCUGAGUACACCCUAAGAAACGUCUACAGCUUAC